AUGAGCGCAGCGUUCCCGCCGUCGCUGAUGAUGAUGCAGCGCCCGCUGGGGAGUAGUACCGCCUUCAGCAUAGACUCGCUGAUCGGCAGCCCGCCGCAGCCCAGCCCCGGCCAUUUCGUCUACACUGGCUACCCUAUGUUCAUGCCUUACCGGCCGGUGGUGCUCCCGCCGCCGCCGCCGCCGCCGCCCGCGCUGCCCCAGGCCGCGCUGCAGCCGGCGCUGCCGCCCGCGCACCCUCACCACCAGAUCCCCAGCCUGCCCACCGGCUUCUGCUCCAGCUUGGCGCAGGGCAUGGCGCUCACCUCCACGCUCAUGGCCACGCUGCCCGGCGGCUUCUCCGCGUCUCCCCAGCACCAGGAGGCGGCGGCUGCCCGGAAGUUCGCGCCGCAGCCGCUGCCUGGCGGUGGCAACUUCGACAAGGCGGAGGCGCUGCAAGCCGACGCGGAGGAUGGCAAAGGCUUCUUGGCCAAGGAGGGCUCCCUGCUUGCCUUCUCCGCGGCCGAGGCUGUGCAGGCGUCGCUCGUCGGGGCUGUCAGAGGGCAAGGGAAAGACGAGGCAAAGGCGGAAGAGGACCCGAAGGGCAAGGAGGAGAGUCUCUCGCUGGAGAGCGAUCUGGACUACAGCUCGGAUGACAAUCUGAGCGGCCAGGCGGCUCACAAGGAGGAAGACCCCGGCCGCGCGCUGGAGGGGACCCCGCCGAGCGGCGGCGGCGCGGGCGGCACCGCGUCUACGGGCAAGAACCGGCGGCGGCGGACGGCCUUCACCAGCGAGCAGCUCCUCGAGCUAGAGAAGGAGUUCCACUGCAAAAAGUACCUCUCGCUGACAGAGCGCUCACAGAUCGCUCACGCCCUCAAACUCAGCGAGGUGCAGGUGAAAAUCUGGUUCCAGAACCGCCGGGCCAAGUGGAAACGAGUGAAAGCCGGCAAUGCCAAUUCCAAGACCGGGGAGCCCUCCAGGAACCCCAAGAUCGUUGUCCCCAUCCCCGUCCACGUCAGCAGGUUCGCCAUUAGAAGUCAGCAUCAGCAGCUGGAGCAGGCCCGACCCUGA